AUGGGUAAUUCCCAGACCAAGGAAACCCGCUAUGGUUCUCCACGCCGGGGAGACGGUCAAUGGUCUUCGGGUCCCUCCGACUCCACCGGCCGGACUCUCUAUCAGGGUUCCUCACGAUCAGGCAGAAGCAGCCGGCCUGACCUGUCAAUACUUGGAAUCGGCAGCAGUCAUGAGCGUGAUGUGGCUGCACUCGAGCACCGGCGAGAGAGCAAGCAGGAACGGGAGGCUCGUCGCGCCGAGAAGGAACGCUCAGCCCGUAUCAAAGAGCGGGAACGCAGUAUGAAAGAGGAACACGUCGAUGGGGGAUAUCUAGUGACCCAAGGUGUUUAUGUGGGAACGGAGGACUUCAACAAACCAAUUGUUCGACAACUCAUGAUUGAGCGCCGGAUAGCUCCAUUCUGGAGAGGAUUGAAUGACUUCUCGGAGUCGUGGGCAGAGCAUCAGCUCAUGGCCGCAGCCCGGGGUAUGACCAUCCCCCCGCCAGAUGAGAUCCCACCUGAGCUAGAGUAUACACCUCCAAAAGCGACCGAUAUCAAAGAGUCGGUGGAGGCUACCAACAUCCAACAUCUCACCGUUUCAAUCACCUCGCGCUCCCAGUCACUUACUUCCAAUGCAUCCCAAUCGUCAAAUCCUGGCAAGUCCUUGCCCUCAGCAUCCCCGAUUGCAUCAACAUCUAUCUCGCCACUCUUUCGAACGCGAGCCAAAACCCUAGCAGCUCUGUCCUCUUCCAAGCAAGGCGCGCCAGCCGAUGUGGGUCCCCGAGAGAUACAACUUCGGAAGGAUCCGUUUGUCAACGGUCAACCGAUUGAAGUCCACCUAUACAAGGAUUCAACCGAAUGCCCUAUCUGUUUCCUCUACUAUCCCCCUUACCUGAACCGUACUCGAUGUUGUGAUCAGCCAAUUUGCUCUGAGUGCUUUGUGCAGAUUAAGCGUCCUGACCCGCACCCUCCGGAGCACGGAGACUCCAAUUCCAAUACACCCGCGCCCGAGGCUGAGCAGCAGGUUGGACUCGACUCUUCUGAGGCUCAGUUCGUUUCCGAGCCUUCGUCAUGUCCCUUCUGUGUUCAGCCUGAGUUUGGAGUUACCUAUGCCCCUCCCAAUUUCCGCCGUGGCCUGACCUACGCAACAGACCCUUCUAUUCGUCCUUCUAUCACUUCUCCAGUUUCCUCCACAUCCUCCCUGUCCUCUGCAAAUCUCGCUCCUAGCCGAGGCCGUCGCCGUGCGACAUCCUUGUCUGCCAGCGAUCCAACCGUGGUCACAACCGAUAGAGUUCGUCCAGAUUGGGCCCAGAAAUUGGCGAAUGCCCGUUCCCACGCCGCCCGUCGAUCGGCAGCUGCUACGGCGCUUCACACUGCCGCUUAUUUGAUGAAUACAGGUUCUUCGAAUGAUUCGCGCGUUCGGAGAGGAUUACGAAGAGCCACCCAUGGGGACGCCGGCCGGACCGGAUCCCCUGCACACAAUGCCCUCGCCUUUGUCGCAGAGCGAACUCGAGGUGGAGAAGCCGAUUCGGCUGAAGAAUCGGGUCUUGCCCCUCCGCGGGAGAGCUCCAGGCGCACACGAAUUGAUGAGUUGGAAGAAAUGAUGAUGAUGGAAGCCAUUCGCCUCAGUUUGGCCAGUGAAGAGGAACGUCAGAAGCGUGAAAUUAAGGAGGUUAAGAAGGAAGCCAAGAAGAGAGAGAAAGAUGCCAAGAAGGUGGACAAAGUGGUGGCCAAGACCGACAUACGCAGUAACAAUGACAACACUUCUGCUCUGAGCUUCCCGGUCGAGCCAUCCUCAUCCAACUUGAAUGUCAACUGCGAAGAGAACUCUGUGACCGAAGGCAAGGGGAAAGCUGUGGACCGUCCAUCCCCAAUUUCUUCACUGGAGCCAACUCAGCCAGGUUCUUCUCCAAGCCAGGAGGAUCAACCUACCAUAGACUAUCUUGGCAUGGAUCUAUCGCGUCCGUCACAUCUACGAAAUUUGCCCAGCGCGUCGUCGUCAUUCUCCUCUAUCAUGGAGACUACCCCAGACGAGCGUACGGGUCAAAUUGGCUCUGAUGGUAGCAAUACUUCGCUUGAGCCAAUGUUUAACUUCCGCAGUCUUGCCGAAGUCAUCGAUAACGAGGAAAAACCUCAAGAGUCCGAGCAUAUUGAAGACCCUCAUGCAGAGGGCUCAAGUGCUACUCCAUCCGUCCAUCAGCCCACUGCUGAAAUUACCCAAGCUGAAUCCACAACGGUUGUGAGUCAGGCUGGUGCUGAAUCUGAGGUACUCCCAAAAGAGCCGGAAACUCGUUCGGCGGAGAUCCAGAACACAGUCAACACAGAAACAGCCUCGUGA